CUGAGGUGGUACAGUCCUCUGGGUACCAGGCUAGGGACAGACAGCUGGAGAGCGGCGGCGGUUGCUAGGCGACAGUGGCCCAGUUACUAAUGACAACCCAGACGUCUCCGCCCCCGCCGAGCCUCCCGGGGGAGGGCGGAGCCGCACCGAUGUGAUUCCCCGCCACCUGUAACGCCAAACAUCAGUCAUGAGCGAGCUGAGCCGAGACACGGUGAUCGGCUUCUUACUCGGGAAGGGGGGCCGGAUACCGAACCAGCAGCUGGUGGAGCAUUUCCGGCCCGUGCUGACCGAGCCGCCCCCCGGUGAGGCCCGCAAUGCCGCCCGCCAGCUCUUCAAAGACAUCGUGAAUGAGGUGGCCAGUGUGCGGGCGGAGGACGGGGUGAAGUACGUGUGUCUGAGGAAGAGGUACCGGAGUGCGGCGGAGCAGGGAGAGACACAGCCUGCCACCGGGGAAGGAGCAGAACCGGGCACCGGAGAGGAGAUCAAAGCGGAGCCCGGUACCGGAGAGGAGAUCAAAGCGGAGCCCGGUACCGGAGAGGAGAUCAAAGCGGAGCCCGGUACUGGAGAGGAGAUCCCUGCUGAGCCCGGUAUCGGAAAGGAGAUCCCUGCUGAGCCCGGUACCGGAGAGGAGAUCUCUGCUGGUACCGGAGAGUCGAUCAAAGCGGAGGCCAGCACCGGAGAAGAUGAGGGGGUGUCUCCCGAUUCCAGUCCCGGAGAGGAGUCCCCCCAGUCCGAUCCCCCCCGGAUCUCAGUAACGGAAGAAGACGGGGAGAAGAUCCCGAAGAAGACAGAUCUUAGCGGUAGGACGUCCCGGAACAGCCGUAGAGGUCCCUCCCGGGAGCCGGUGUCCCCCCAGCUGAGGCGGGGUGCAGGGGGUGUCCUCCUCCGGGCGGCUCUCCGGGACUCAGACAGUUCCUCGGUGCACAGCUCAUCAUCGGUGUCCGGUAAUGAGGAGGAGGAAAGCGGCGGCGGCUCGGUGUCUCUGGAACCCUUAGAACACGCCUGGAUGCUGAGCUCAUGCCGGGCCCGCUGGGAUGGUCUCCGGGAGUUGCUGAUGGCGGAGCCCGGCCUCAUUACCCGGAGAGAUUUCAUCACCGGCUUCUCAUGCCUGCACUGGGCCGCCAAGCACGGACAGCACGAGCUCCUGGCCGCUCUGCUCACACACGCCCGACAGCACCGCCUACCGGUCAACAUCAACGGCCGGGCCUCCGGAGGGUACACCCCGCUCCACCUGGCCGCCAUGCACGGGCACCUGGACGUCAUCAAGCUGCUGGUCGGGGCGUACGAUGCCGACGUGGAUGUCCGGGACUAUAGCGGGAGGAAAGCCUGGCAGUACCUGAGUCCUGACACCGCCCGGGAUGUACAGGCUCUGACCGGGGCAGUACCGGGCCCUGAGGAGGACGAGGAGGAGGAUGGGGCCAGCUCGGGCUCAGGGAGGUGGCGGCUCUCUAAGGUCUUACCGACCCAACUCAUUGUACACAGGCUGGGCCAGCUCCCCGAGGAUGAGCAGGACGGAGGGGGGCGCCACCGAGCUGAUAUCACCAGGAAGGGUUCUGGGGGGAGCAGGGGGAGACCCCGACUCAACAGGAUCAGGUUCAGGACUCAGAUCAUCCAUAGCAACCUGUCCCCCAGGGACCCCGAGGAUGAGGAUGACCGAUCCCUAAAGAGCCCCAUCAGGCACAGACCCAAGUCUAAUGUCUUCGGAUGAUUUACUAAGCUGCCCCCUAUUUACGGUGAUGUCUGCCAUGACUGUCCUCCGCACUGGGUGAUGGGUGCCUAUUUAUUUACUAAGGUGAUCCCUGUUAUGACUAUCCUCCACACAGGAUGAUGGGUGCCAUUCAUUACAGUGAUCUCCGCCAUGACUAUCCUUGGCAUUGGAUGUUGGGUGCCCCCUAUUUACAGUGAUCGCUGCCAUGACUAUAUCCUUGGCACUGGAUGAUGGGUGCCCCCUAUUUACUGUGAUCUCUACCAUGGCUAUCCUUGGCACUGGAUGAUGGGUGCCCCUUAUUUACAGUGUUCUCUGCCUUGGCACUGGAUGAUGGGUGCCCCCUAUUUACAGUGAUCUCUGCCAUGACUAUCCCUGGCACUGGAUGAUGGGUGCCCCCUAUUUGAAGGGAUCUCUGCCAUGACUAUCCCGGGCACUGGAUGAUGGGUGCCCCCUAUUUACAGUGAUCUCUGCCAUGACUAUCCCGGGCACUGGAUGAUGGGUGCCCCCUAUUUACAGUGAUCUCUGCCAUGACUAUCCCUGGCACUGGAUGAUGGGUGCCACCUAUUGAUAAAGGUCUUUGUAAUGACUAUCCUGAGCACAGGCUUAUGGUUGCCCCCUAUUGAUGAAGGUCUCUAAUGACUAUCCUGAGCACAGGCUGAUGGGUGCCCCCUAUUGGUGAAGGUCUCUGUAAUGACUAUCCUGAGCACUGGGUGUCCCCUAUUGGUGAAGGUCUCUGUAAUGACUAUCCUGAGCACAGGGUGGUGGGUGCCCCCUAUUGGUGAAGGUCUCUACAAUGACUAUCCUGAGCACAGGGAGAUGGGUUGGUAAAGGUCUAUCCUGAGCACAGGGAGAUGGGUUGGUAAAGGUCUAUCCUGAGCACAGGGUGGUGGGUUGGUGAAGGUCUCUACAACGACUAUCCUGAGCACAGGGUGGUGGGUGCCAUUAUUUACAAUGGUUGUGCAGUGUCUAUCCUGGACACCCCAGCCCCCAAGACUUAUGAGCUGUGAUGACGUAGGAGUCGGUGUGGUCUCUUGUGCUUCACAGAAAAUCUAUUUUUUUUGCACUAACAACGAUCACUUUUCCUUGUCUCAAGCAAGGGCAUACAACACUAAACCAGUAUUUUCAUAAGACAGUCGCCUCUCACAAGAUUUCAGUUCCCUGGUCAGCGCUUCUGUGUGGUCGCUGAGAUCAGCAUGCCCACUCCUGGCCCCUCUGGUGGUUCAGUCUCUUAUGUUGGGCCGAUUUACCACCACCCUUAGGAUCAUCUAAAUUGGACACUUUCAGGUGUGUCAGAUCCCUGAGUGUCUAAUAUUGAUCGCCUGUGCCUGCUACAGCACCAGCCUGACCUUGGUGCCCUUUCACACAGGCUUUCCGAUCAGGUCCGCCUGUCUGUUUUUCAGACAGACCUGAUUGGACGCUCCAUGCACCUCUAUGGCGCAGCGGAUGUCAGCGGUUGCAUAUCCGCUGACACCCACUGUUAUACGAUCCGAUCCACCAAAUCCUGACGGAUGGAGGUCCUAUUUUUCCAUCCGUCUGACGGAUCGGAUGAAAACAGACAGGCGGUCCGUUUUCAUCCGAUGUCCACAAUCCACAUAGAGGAGAGCGGGACUGUGACAGGUCUGUCUAUGCAUAGUGAAGCGGAGACGGACCUGUCAUCUGCCUGCUCAGCUGGAAUCAGCAGAGCAAUCCCCCACUGAGCAAAGCGGAGUCUGUCAAACGCACAAGCCCAUGUGAAAGGGACCUUCAAGCUUGGUUCGCGAUGCGGGAAACCCUGCAAAUCCAGUGCAGGUUCCCUCAUCGCAUACAACUUUCAGGCAGUUCACACUGCCCUAUGCAAACAGCUGGGAGUGUCAAUACGCCCCCAUUUCAGUUCACAUAUCACAGUACUAACUGUCAAUUUGGGCAGGAAUCAGAUUGCAUAGGUGUGAACACCCAUGUGAUCCAAUUCUAUGGUGCUGCACAUGUGAUCAGUUAUGACACCAGCUAUUUUAUGGCUUGAUAGAUCAGUUGGGAGUACAAGCAACUGUGACAGUGAUUAUUCACAGCCUGCCUCUUCAAUGUAAAUAUUUUAGAAAAACUUUAAAUUGUUGGGUUUACUUCCACUUUAAAUUGCAAGGUUGCGUUGGGAGUCGCAGAUGCUAGUGUAUUGAAAGAUUGCAGGGGAGAGAGACAAGGACCUGUCAGACAUGGACGUGUCAGAUUGGAGUGAUUCUAGUGCCACCUGUCGCUAUGCCAAAGCAGUAAAGUUUUAAUCACCAGAGGGACCAGUAACAACUAUGGUUCUUGUCCAUGCCAAAGAUGGCAAGUAGUGACAGGGUCUGAAAGGUGACUUCCUAUU